GGACGGCCGGGGCAGGGGCCGGGGCCGCCCGGCGCUGGCGGCGGGGGGCGGCGGGGGCCCGGCGCGGCGCGGUGCCGCCGGGGCCCGGCGCAUGGCGGCGGCGGCGGCGGCCGGGGGCAUCGCCACGCUGCCCGACGACGGCGGCAGCGGCGCGUUUCCCCCGGGGCACUUCAAGGACCCCAAGCGCCUGUACUGCAAGAACGGCGGCUUUUUCCUGCGCAUCAACCCCGACGGGAAGGUGGACGGCGUCCGCGAGAAGAGCGACCCGCACAUCAAGCUGCAGCUUCAGGCUGAGGAGCGAGGAGUGGUGUCCAUCAAAGGUGUCAGUGCCAAUCGCUUCCUGGCCAUGAAGGAGGACGGCAGAUUGCUGGCCUUGAAAUACGCAACAGAAGAAUGUUUCUUUUUUGAGCGUUUGGAAUCCAAUAACUAUAACACUUACCGGUCACGGAAAUACUCGGAUUGGUACGUGGCACUGAAAAGAACUGGACAGUACAAACCUGGACCAAAAACCGGACCCGGACAGAAAGCUAUCCUUUUCCUUCCCAUGUCUGCUAAAAGCUGACUUCCAUGGCAGAUUCUGAGCACCCGUGCCACACAGCACUAAAGAUGUCGCCUUUCCUACUCCUCUCCGAAGCAGCCAAAUAGAAGGAAUUAUUUGCUGAUAUUAUAAGUACUUCUGCAGAUACCAGAUUAAACCAUGAAUGUUUCAUACUGUCCUUAUAUUGCUCUUUAAACCUAUUGUGCCAGUGUGUGUGGAGGUAAAAUGACUUGCAGAAUAUAUUUUCAGGAUCAGUAACACUUCUGUUUUCUUCUAGGUACCUAUGCAUUUUAUUUACCUUAUGCUUGCUUUACGGAAUAGAGGAGAACCAACCUGAUCACACUCAUAGCAAUAAUUAACUUUAAAACUAAUUUAUAU